CCCAGUUCGAAGAGUUUGGUCAGAGGAUUCGAGGGGCUUGAAAGCUCUCAUGGCCGCUCUCGGUGAUCCCAGUCGACGGCGGGCGCCGCUGGCGUUAGAAACCCUGCUCUUGCUCCUCGUAGCCGCCGUAGCCGUCAUCGGCUUGUGCGCGACGGCGGCCGUGAGAAAGAAGAGAAACCGUAGUGAUAAGCAAACCGGGGAGGUGCUUCUGUCGACUUGGAAAGCUCUCAAGAAGGCUCUGGUAAUGUCGCUGCAUGGGGGGGAAGGGGAGGAUGUGGUGGAAUCAGAGGACAGCCGGGUGGAGCCAGAAGCAGAGGAAAGGGGCACGCCAGUGUUGCCACUGUGGAAGAGGAGGAUACUGAUGGGGGAGAGAUGUGAGCUGCCGCAGUUCAGUGGUCUCAUUCUCUACGACGAGGGCGGGCGUCCCAUCUGCAGCAACUCCAGCCAUGGCACUCUUUUUGAGAUCAAACCAACACCGGCCGUGACCACCCUCAAGGAUUUACUUUAAUUGCUGUGUGGUUUACAGAAUUUCUUGAGCUGUAGAAGAUGAGCAGUGCUUCUUCGGUAGUACUCGAAACAUGUGAUACAUUCUCCGCUGUUUCCUGAAAUCUCUGAUGCAUACUUGUUACUACAAAACAGAGACGAUCGGUAGCAUAAGAUCUUCUCAACCUUAACUUUGAUUGACACCGCCUAUCUUUCUACUUCUUGUGCCGCCGGGUUUUUCACGUGCAUCGACGCAAUUCUUGACCCUCC